AUGGAUUUCAACGCAUGGAGAGCGUCGUCCAACCUGUCUCGCGAUAGUGACGCUGCAGAAACCCUGGAAAUCCGCCUCCAAGAACUCACCAACAUCCUCAGCGACGAGAGUCGACGACCGUUACCGCAUCCGUGUAUUCAAUACUGCUCCAUCAAGCAAAUUUACGUCCCCAUCGGCAAGAUCGCUACGACUUCAUAUAACGAAUGGAUCAUUAAGGAGGCUGUCCUUUUCUUUGCGACCCUGAUCGAAAGUGAGGAGGAAGCCUUUGUCGAGAACCAGACCUUUUCUUCUAGUCUGACAAACCUCCUCGUGCGAAUUACUGGUGUGAACAGUGUGCGACUGGGCCUCGAUACUGAGUCGCGUGUCGUCGAACUUGCCUUCAACAUCACCACCAAGAUCCGGCUGGACCCAAGCAUUCUCCCAUCAUGGUUUAAGACGCAUCGCGGCGUGGCGCUCCAGAAUAGGGAGAAGGAAGACAGAAACCGCGAUGCCUUUGUUGGAAGGACCCAAAAGGCCGACUUUCCUCUCUUCUAUAUCCUCAUGGAAUACAUUCAUCAAGAGGGAAAAGUGGGCGACUUUGCGCGAACAGGAUUGCUCUACAUUAUCGAAGCGGCGUCGAGCUCAGGACCUCUGGAACAAUGGAUUGUCGAAAGCGACUUGUCGACCUUGAUGGCGACAGGUCUUGGCGCCUUGUACAGCCAGUUAAGCCGCAAACUGGUCGUUGACCAUCUCCCUCAUAACCUACCCCCUAUUCUCGCAUUCUCCGAUUACGAACACCCUGCAUCCAACUACGAAGUCAUUAGCUCAUGCUCCCCCGAGUUUCAAUCUCACCUUGACGUUUUCCUAUCUCACCUAUUGUUCUGGCAAGACGUCUUGAACCACUGUCGAUCGGUUGAGGUCAAGUCGACGCUGUUGGAGCACUUUCAAGUUAUUUUCUUGCAACAGUUAUUCUCGUCUGUCAGUAAGGCUCGCAAGCGAAAGUCGAUGGAUCUAGCCACAAUGUUGGCGGAGAGGGCAGAGCCGGCUGCGACCCCUCUGCUCUUUAACCUGGUUGAUCUUAUUCUCGCAUGUUUGAGAUCACGGAAUCAACAAACGAUUCAUGUUACGUUGCAAUUGGUGUCGGCUAUUCUCAAGCGACAUCACCGCUACGCUGUCGUUACUCUUCUAAGAACUGAUAGCGUACCGAUUCAGAAUGCUACCCGAACCGUUGGCGCACAAGAGCAAGAAGUAGAAUUUUUCAUGUCGCUGGCAGGGACAAUAGGCGGCGAAGAUGAUUUUGAUGAAGUGUACCAGCUUGUCCUUCGAGAUACUAUGACUAAACUUGAAGCUCAUCCUUGUUCACUGAAGCUUGUCGCGCCCAGGGCGUCUACGAGUAACCAAAGGCUGCCUGACAGUCUUCCCGGAGCACCCAAGGAUGUUGGAGAUCAUACUCUUCGGCCAGACGAUCCUCUUCUCAAUUCGCUAUUGGAUCUUCUGGAGACAUUUUUUGUUAAUCAAGUGGAGACGAACCUUUCCGUGACAGAGACACUCGUUGACUUGGCUGUCUGUGGUUUUAUGAAGAUCGAAGGAUGGCUGACUCGCAAUCCAAACUCUUAUAUCUAUGAUGAUGCCGAGAAGGAGAAACGUACAUCCGAAGGAGAAGAAGGCAUAGAGAGCGAUGAUGAUGAUGACGACUUGGGAGAUCUUCCAUCCCCGACAGCUGAGCAAAAACAACUUCAAGCUAUGGAACAAUGCCGCCAACGACCCCAGUGGUCUCAAGCUUCGUUACCGCGUGUUUUUAGUGUUCUCAGACGAUUGGAGGAACAAGUAGCUUCGUACAAGAGAAGCAUUCCCCACUUUGACGAGUUGGUGCAACAACGACGCGAUGCCUUCAGAACUGCGGAUGCAAUGUUACACCAUGCGGGUCCCACGCCAAGGCCGACCCCCAUAAGUGAAGACCCCCCUGAUCGACGCAGCUUUGAAGGGCCAUCGCGCAACGCAUCCCCUUCCCGGCCGUCGGCACUGGAAGGCCUGGCGCACCGUCUUCUGUCUGAAUUGGGAACCCCAAGCCGCACGAGCAGCCCGCGAGGACGUAAGGAGCUUGGCCGUACGCCCGGCAGCGGAAAUGCGACCCCUGGAAAAUCUGGUCUGAGUUCCGCAAAGGAGGCAUCACCUAGUCAGGGACGAGGCACUCCAGUGCUAACUCACUCUCCGGAGAGGAUACAGAGUACUAUCGACCCAACGCAGAAGGCUAGGGAAGAGGUGAUCUCUCGACAGACGGCUGAGUUUGCAACUAUGGGUCAAACUAUCCUCUCUAAGAAGGUGGGAUUACCAAAGGUCGAAGUCGAGCCUAUUCCUACCGUGGCUGAUAAAGAACCGGUGACCGAACCGACGGAAACUGCGGAUGAACCAGAGCGUUCUGAAGAAGUUCUCGCUGAACAGGAUGAUGCGAAGAAGGACGAACCAGAGCACGUUGAAGAGGUUUCAACUGAACUGGAUGACGUCAAGAAAGACGAAACAGAGGAUUCUGUGACUGAAACUACAGAGCAACCUACCACCGAAGUUAAGGAGGAUGAGGAAACGAAGCCUGAAGGUGUCGAGACCGAGACUGAAGCUCAACCUUCUGAGGCCGAACCUGCUGAGGCUGUGCCUGAACCAGCUGAGCUGCCCAAGUCUACUGAGGCAGAAGAUGAAGAUGUCAAGACAGCUGAAGUUCUCGAGGAAAACGAGCCUGCUAAGGACCCAGAAACGCAGGAGCCGGAAGCCCACAAGCCGGAAGCCAAUGAACCUGAGACAUCUGAGACCAGUGAACCCGAGGUCAAGGAUUCUGAGGUCAAAGACUCUGAGGUUGAGGAACCAGAGGUCAAGGAACCCGAAGCCAAGGAUCCAGAGGUCGAGGAGUCAGAGACCGAGCAGUCAGAAACCGAGCAGUCAGAAACCAAGGAGUUGGAGGCAGAGGAGCCUGCACCAAAGGAUCCCGAAACCGAGGAUGAGGCUGAGGCACAGCAACCUGAGACCCCUCGACAGAAAUCUCGACAGGUUGAAACUCUCGAGCCAGAAACCCCUCAGCCUAGAGAGCAAAGAGAGAACACAACAACUGUGUCGGUCUCUCACGUUGUUACCAACGUGAUCAUUUUGCAAUCCUUCCUCUUUGAGCUUGCUGCUCUUGUGCAAGUCAGGGCAGGCUUAUUCGACGAGGUGCGAUUUGUGUAACGACAGAAAUUAAGUUAGAAGAUGCAUUACUCGGGCGCGAUUCACAACAUCCUCACGAUUCACGAGUAGAUGGAUGGCAUUGGUGCGAUUGUUUGAUAGACCGGGAGGGAAGGAA